AGAGCAGUUGGCAACAGCCUCUCCUCUCUGCUGCUUGCUCCACCAUGAAGCCCACUAAGCUGGGAUUUCUCCUGGGAUUCUCCCUCCUCUGCUCACUCAGUCCUCCAGUACUGAGCGGUGUUGAGAGGCUAGUUAACCAUCUCUGCAAGGACUACAACGAUCCCUGUCUUUUGGAAAUGGAGCCUGGCAGCUGCUAUGAAGUACAUUUUAGAUUUUUCUACAACCAAACUGCCAAACAGUGUCAGAUUUUUCUGUUCACUGGCUGCAAUGGUAACCUCAAUAACUUCAAGCUUAAAAUAGACUGCGACGUAACUUGUCAUGAGACAUACAAAAACCCUCCGCUGCCGAGCGGCGAUAAGAGGAAACGAUCUUUAAGAGCAUUGGCAACAAAGAACCUUGCUGCGGAUUCGAGAUUGACCACUUUACAGCCUGGUAGACUGAGGCAGACAGAAAGAAAAGAGACCUUGCUACAGAGAGCACGGAGAAAGUCCAGAAGUCACCCCCCGGCCAGGCAUCACGCCUAGGCAGCUGCAAAGAAAAUCCGAACCUGAAUCUGAACCUGAACUGAAAAGUACGGUGUGUUCGUGGAGGUUCUCGGAUGGGCCAUCUGAAAUAAAGAUUCAAGAAGAUUCAGACCAAUGUUUAGAUUUUUGGAUCGUGUCCAUAAUCUUUGACACUUCUAUUCACUGUUUUCCUGUUCCUAAUUUUGUCUUUCCUGAAAUAAAAAUCACUACCAUCAC